UGGUUGGGGUGGCUGGGGCCGCGCAAGGCUGGAUAUAAGGCGGCUUGGGAACAAUACGUCCGGCUCCCGGCUCCCGGCUUUGAUCCCUGGAGCUCCGUUGGUGUGGGAGGGAGUGAGUGAGUGAGUGAGUGAGUGAGUGUGUGUUUGUGUGUGUCCGCGCCCGCACGCCUGUGAGUGAAUGUGUGCAUGUGUGUGUGUGCAUGUGUGUGUGCGCGCGGGGGGUGCAUGUGUGCAGGCGGCCCGGAGCACGCGGGGGAGCCGGCUCCCUCCAGGUGUGGGGCCGUCGGAGCCAGGGAGCGGAGAUGGACUUCGACUCGUACCAACACUAUUUCUACGACUGUGACUACGAGGAAGAUUUCUACCGCUCCACGGCGCCCAGCGAGGACAUCUGGAAGAAAUUCGAGCUGGUUCCCUCGCCCCCCAUGUCGCCCCCGUGGGGCUCGGUCUCUAGCCCGGGUGCCUGUUGCUCGUCAACCGCGAAUGGGCCACCCGAGCCGUGGCCUGGGGGCUGCGGGGUGGACGAGGGGGAGGGCCGGGGCUACUCCAAGGCGAUGGCCAGGAACUACGCCUCCAUCAUCCGCAGUGACUGCAUGUGGAGCGGCUUCUCCGCCCGGGAGCGGCUGGAGAAAGUGAUGAACGACAAACUCUCGGCGGCCGCCGUGGCGGUCGCGACACCCAAGGGGAAUCCGGCCAAGCCAACGGCCUCGGGAGACCCAGGCUGUGGCCACCCGGGGCCCGAAGGCGUGGACCCCACGGCCGUGUACCCUUGCGCCCCGGGCGAACCCAAGCCUCAAGCUUUCUCGGGCUCGGAGAGCCAAAGCGAUUCCGAGGGUGAAGAGAUCGAUGUGGUGACGGUGGAGAGGAGGCAAUCCCUCAGUGUCCGGAAGCCAGUCACCAUCACAGUUCGAGCUGACCCCCUGGACCCAUGCAUGAAACAUUUCCACAUCUCCAUCCACCAACAGCAGCACAACUAUGCUGCCCGAUUCCCCCCAGACAACUGUCCUCAGGAGGGGACUCCAGAGAAAGAGGCCAAAGAGGAGGAGGGGGAAGAAGAGGAGGAGGAGGAAGAGGAGGAAGAACAAGAAGUAGAGGAGCUUGUGGGGCCCCCAGGGCCUGCCAGUCCCCCAUCCUCAGAAAUGGGGCCCAGCCAGUCCAGGCCGGCCUCUUCUGACACCGAGGACGUGACCAAGAGGAAAAACCACAACUUCUUGGAACGGAAGAGGCGGAAUGACCUCCGCUCUCGCUUUCUGGCACUACGGGACCAGGUGCCCGCUCUGGGCAGCUGCACCAAGACUCCUAAGGUAGUCAUCCUCAGCAAGGCCCUGGAGUAUCUGCAGACAUUGGUGAGUGCUGAGAAGACCAUGGCCUUGGAGAAGAGGCAUCUCAGGGCACGGCAGCAGCAGCUACAGAAGAGACUCGCUCAGCUCACUGGCCACUAACCUACCAAAAAGACAGAGCUGGGGCUCUCAUUGUGGAAAACAGACUUCUACUUUUCUGCCCUUCCCCCUUGGUAAUUUGCACAUUUUGGGUCCCAUGGGACUAACUGGACUAUUGAUCCCAGAAUGCACUGCAGCCAAAUGCACGCACUCAUGCUCACUCGCACACACACACACACACACACACACACACACACACACACAC